CAAAAAAUUCGAAGAAUUAAUUACUCCUAGUUUUUGCAUAAAAAAAGACCGCGAAAUCCAUUAAUGGAAACUCCGAUCGGCGUUCUCUUAAUCCGGCCGCUGUCGGCCUACCUCCAGCAGGAGCUCUCCAAACGAUACACUCUCUUCAAAUACUGGCAAGUGCCGCCGGAUCUCCGCCGCGAGUUCCUCGGAAAACACUCCAAUUCCAUCAAGGCGGUGGUGGGCAACGGCGUGCAAGGCGCCGAUACUGAGCUCAUCGACGCGCUGCCCUUCCUGGAGAUUGUCGCGAGCCACAGCUCCGGGCUCGAUAAAAUCGAUUUGGAACUGUGUAGAGAGAGGGGCAUAAGAGUAACUUACACUCCCGACGCUUUGACUGAUGAGGUGGCGGAUAUGGCGGUUCUGCUGACCUUGGCGACGCUGCGGCGGAUCUGUGCGGCCGAUCGGUUUGUCAGACGCGGCGAAUGGAAGAAAUCCGACUUCAAUUUGACCACAAAGUUCAGUGGGAAAUCAGUGGGCAUCAUUGGAUUGGGGAGAAUUGGAUCUGCCAUUGCUAGGAGAGCCGAAGCUUUCGGCUGUUCAAUCGGCUACCACUCUCGUUCGCAGAAACCGAAUUCGAGAUACAAAUUUUAUCCCUCUGUUCUUAACCUAGCCUCGGACUCACAAAUCCUCAUCGUAGCUUGUGCAUUAACCCAAGAAACUCGCCACAUCAUCGACCGCCAUGUCAUCGACGCACUGGGCAGAAACGGAAUCAUAGUCAACAUUGCGAGAGGGUCCCACAUCGAUGAAGCAGAGUUGAUCUCUGCUCUCGUCGAGGGCCGUUUGGCAGGAGCUGGGCUAGAUGUUCUUGAAAACGAGCCUCAAGUACCUAAUGCACUCAUUGGGCUUGAUAAUAUAGUUCUAUCUCCUCAUGUGGGAGCUAGCACAGUUGAAACUCGAAAGGCAAUGGCAGAUCUCGUUGUCCAAAACCUUGAAGCGCAUUUUUCAGACAAACCGCUGCUAACUCCGGUUAUUUGAUCGUGCUGGGGGUUGCUCAGGUACUAUUUCUCAGCUGCAUUUCUUUUAUGUAAUAGAACUUAUACCUUGGAAACUGUUUUCAUUAUUGUUCUGAUUAAUUAAUCCAUGAUGCAAGUAAUUUAUACGUAAUUUAGAAGCCGUUGGUAGUUUUUAGACCUCUACUGUCUGCAAUUAGUUGUGCUAUGUGCUACUUGGUUACAAAAAAAUCCGAUAUUAUUACCACCACAACAGCUGGUUAAUUAUUACCACCAAUAUUAAUGUUGUCUUGUUGAAUGAUCAGAAUGUUCAUAGGAUUUUGAACAACACUCAGGAAUUUUUUUAGAUUGACUUAAUGCGUGGAGCAGUCAUGAUGGAGCAUCUUCUAAAUUAUCAUGAAGUUGAACGAAUUGCUAGAAAAUUUAAUCCGCCUUAAGAGACAGAGUCUCUAGAUUUCUGAACUUAUGGCCGUGAAAUCGAAUCUUAUUGCCAUUAAUGUAGAUUGUUUCAAGAGUCGGGAUGUUGAUUUCAAUGCUGCAUUUGUCUUUCCUGUGAAUAUAAUCAUUAAUAUAGGCGAAGUGCUUUAGAUAUUUGUGAAUCUUCUUAUCUCAACCCUUAACACUCUUCGAACCGCAUAGAUGUAAGCAAAGGGCAGCUCGAGAUUAUCUUCUUGAAAAUAUGUUCGUCGAUGAAAAAUGUUAGAUCUAAGAAAGACAGAAAAAUGUAUCGGAGAAAUUGUGAUUGAUAAUUUUCGCGUUCAAGAAAUUGAAAAAGUGUAAGAACAAAAAGCUUGAUUGAUGAGUACUAUUUGCACAAAUUCGACGUCAUAGUAUUAUUGCUUGAUUAAUGAAUAAUUAGUACAUAAUUUAGAAGCCGUUGGAGGAUACAUAGUAAUAAUUUAGACCUCUGCUGACGAUGCAACUAGUUGUGGUGCCAUGUGCAUGCAUCUUCACAAAAAUAAAAACAUUUCGAAGACUGUUUGCGAUUUACAGUUAAAUUAGUUUAUAUGAGAGACCUCACAGAUUCUGCAUAUGCAUUUUUCUUUGG